UUGAAUAGAAUUAACAAAUUGCAUUCUAAUUGUUCGAUGAAAACUCAAGAGCGUUAUUAUCUUGCUAAGCUUAUUUCUGCUUUUGAUAUCGAAAUGCUUGCUUGUGCUUAUUGUCGGAAGAUGGAAGCUUUCUGUUGUUUCGCUGAAAAUUCUUCUCGUUGUAAGGAGUGUGUUUCUCUGAAUCAAAGCUGUGAUACUAGUUGUUUCUCAGCUUCUGCUGCAGGGCGUUUGAUUCGUGAAAAGUGCAAGAUUUUGAGCGAGGAGGCUGAGGCAGAGUUAGCAAAUGCUGCUGCCCUACAAGCUCUGCUGGCGUCGCAGGCUCGUCUUGAUCGUAUACGGAAACAGCGAAGGCUAUUGGAGAAACAGGCUGCAGAAAUGAUUCGUUGUAGUUUCAAUUCCUUGGAG